AUAAGAACAUUGUAGUCGUCGAAAUCAGCUGCUGCCAUUGGCUAAAAAAUUUGCAGUUCUAUUUUUUAUUAUUAAUUAUAUUGAACUAGACUUGAACGAAAUGCAAAUAUACUGUUAUCAUUGAAAACCACGCGUACUGUCGCAGGCAUAGCAACAACUGUGGGCUGCUUGGACACAGACAACGACAUCAUCAAAACGAAAACGACAGCUACAACGUUCUUGGAGUGGUGCGGCCACAGCCAGAGCGCCUGCAGCUGGUUAGGAGUAAGGGCAAGGCAGAUGUUGCAGGUGCAGUAAGUAGAAGAGAAGUGCGUGCAGAAAAAUCAAUCAACUAAACACAAGCGUUAAACGGAUAAGCAAUAUGGAGUUUGACAAGAUUAUCAAUGAUCUAGAGUCGAAUCAGACGCACGAAAACGAGGAGGCCAAAAAGAAACUUGUGGAGCUGUUUACGCAAACCAAGGAACAAUGGCCUGUGCGCUAUAUGCUGGACUAUUAUAUCAAAACGGGGUCCAUGCGCAUAAUGGAAGUGUUGGUCAAGGCGCAACCGCCACAUGAUGGACAUAUAUUUGACCGUCUGGAUGAUUGGCUAAAACAGCCACAAUAUCGCGUGCAGGCCUUAAAUGUGUUUUGUUUUGUUGUGCGAAGACAUCCCACCUGGUUGCAUAAAAUCGAGAAGCAUAGGCUUAUCAAAAGCGUGUUUAGAUUGCUAAUGCAUGAGAAGGACAUUGUGCCGCUGAUGAGCGCAUUGUUGUGCAUCAUAACACUGCUCCCUAUAAUACCUAACUCGGUGCCGAAUUUUCUCAACGAUUUGUUUGAGGUAUUUGGACACUUGGCCUCCUGGAAGCUGCAGAAUCGUUUGCCCGACGAGAAGUUAGUGCAUCUACAGUUGGGACUUCAAAUGUUGUUUCAUCGUUUGUAUGGCAUGUUUCCCUGCAAUUUUAUAAGCUAUCUAUCGGAGUUCAUUAAGAAGGACAAAGGCGGCGGUGGCAUCUUUCAGCAUACAAUCAAACCGCUGUUGGAGACCGUGCGUGUGCAUCCCAUGCUGCUGACAGCCAACAGCGAGACAGAGAUGAGUAAUUUGCGCUGGAAGGAUAUGGAGCCACAUGAUGUGGUCAUGGAGUGUGCGCAUUUAUCGCUGCCUGUCCUGCAUCCCGACUCUAGCCAUGAUGACAUCACCUCUGCGUAUCCGGGCACGCCCAACUACAGUCGCAUGACCUCCGCCACCUCCAACAGCGAGUACAGCAACUUGGCCUGCUAUCAGCUGCGCCAAAUGCAAAGCUCCUCCAUAGCGCGCUUCGAUGCCAGCGCUGCCGAGAGCAGCAACACACCCAUCUGGAGUCCACACAAUGAAAUUGCCUCGGCCAGCAGCAGCAGUGUUAUACCCUUGACGCCCACGGCUCCUUACACCUUGCCACUGCAGCCAGCAAAUACCAAUGUGCAGCUGUUGGGCGUCACUGGCUCUUCGCCGCCGGAGGCAGCGGUGGAGGCUACCCCAGAAACAACGCCGCUAAAGGACUUGCGCGAUUUCAAGCCACACCAGCAACCUACAUCGCAUGCCGUGCGCGCCAUCUUUGUGGGCAGUCAGCCCUCAUCACCCAUGCGAAAGGAUCAACAGCAAACCCAAUUCCAUUUUCCGGACACGGCCGCAGAGGAGCUCAUGGAGAUUCCACGCCUGAGCAACUAUGAUCGCCGCUUGCAGCAGGUUAUGCUGGACAGACGCAAUGCACAUAACGAGAUUACAGAGCUGCAUACUGAAGCUAUGUUAACGGCCACAUUGUGCACCACAGGACCUAAUGCAGUGGCAACCACGCUGUUGACCAUGGAAACCAAGGAACUACGCGCCACCGUCUGCGAUGAGUGCAAUGAAACAGAACGCAGGCCAUGCAGCGAUGGUGGUUUGCACAUGGUCAACAGUCGCUCCAUGCAGCAGCUAGCCAAGGGUGUGAAGCGACGCAAUCGCAUGGCCAGCUAUUGCUGCAAUGAGAUCAGCAGUGGCUGGUCUGCAGCCAAGAAGGCAACGCUAAGCAGUACGCAGCUUGUUAACCAAAUGCGACGCACCAAAUCCUGCUCAGCGCUGCCCACGCAGCAGGAUGACGAUGAGGCCGAUUGCCCUAGUCAGCAUCAGGAGAAUGGCAACGGCAAUGGUGUGCAUCAUCAAACCCAAAAGACUGUGCCGACUAUAGGCAGGCUACAGCGUAGCGGACGCAUCAUGGCCAUGGCACCACCCAAAGGCAGCUGUGGAUUUGCUCAUGCGGGCACGCAGACACUAGAGAUGCUGCCAUCGCACUAUGAGAGCGACCUGUUUGAGCUGCUCUUUGAGUGCAAGGAGCAGCGCAACCAGUACGAACGCAAUCAGCUUUAUCCACAGGAUUUGCUGGAUCAGUACAUUAUGCGCUCCAUACACGCCAAGGAAAGCUUUGAGCCCUCCAACUUGCAGGAGCAGUGUCAGCUCAUGUGCCUGCAGCUGCAGUAUGAAUGCUAUAGGCGUGGCAUACACGCCGAGCGUAAUCGUCGGCUCAUGGGACGCAGUCGCGACAAGCGUAGUUUGGAAAUGGAGUGUGAGCGCUUGCGUGAGCAGCUCAAGAACUUUGAUGCCAAGAAUCGUGAUCUCGCACAGAAAUAUGACAAUGUCAUACGCUUGUCCAACGAGCGUCAGAACAAUUAUAGCGAUGAGGUUACUGAGCUCAAGUCUAAAUAUCAAUAUGAGCUGGAGCAGAACAAGUGUCUGCGGCAGGCCAAUGAUGAUCUGCAGGCUCGUCUCAGCGAGGAGCUAGCACAGCGCAAGGAAAUCAACUACGAGCUAGAGUCACUGCGUGGACAAAUCUUUAACAUGCGCACAGAGCUGCAGCAUGUACAGCAGCAGGCAGACCUUGGACAGCAGUACAAGCAAGAACUCUCACGUCUCGAGGUGGAGUUUAUUAUCAUGGGUGAAGUGCAAGUACGCUGUCGCGAUCGUCUGGCUGAAAUUGACAAUUAUCGUGCACGCGAUGAAGAGCUUCAAAUGCUGCAAGAGAGCUACAAUGCAGAGCUAAAGGACCUGAAGCAUGCGCUGGAUGAGAAGACAUCGCUGCUCGAGAGCACCAGGCAUAAGAUAAGCGAGGUACAGGGACAGCUGGUACACAGUGAAAAGGCCAUCACAGAGCAAAAACGUUUACUGCGCACCGUUAAAGAUGGAUACGAGGAAAAGAUCAUAUCAUUGAACAAAAAAUAUGAAACGCAAAAAAAGAUCAUUGUGCAAAUGGAGGAGAAGCUUAUGAUGUCGCUUCAACAGCCACAGCAAAGCAUGUUAGGUCAUGCAACCUGCUCGCCAGAUACGGAUCGCACUGACAUUGCCUCAUCGAUGGAACGUAAUUCACCGCUUUCCACUUCACUGGCCUCGAGUGAGAGCCUCUCGGCUAGUCUACGCUCCACAGAGCUGAAAAAUCUGCAACAAUUGCUAGAGACGCCUGCCAUGCCGGAAGUAGCAAGCAGCGCAGCUGGCUCAGGCACCAUACCAUCAUUAUACGACGAGAAUGCACGCUUGCCAGCCAUUGAUUUGGCUUCAUCGGCGGGCACUGCUAGUGCUCUAAACAUCAUGCAGACAUCACUACCGCCCGAUACGGACUUACCCACAACAUCAAAUCACAGUCAGACCCACGCCCACCCACAUUUACAUCUACGCCAGCCGGAGCAGCAGCCAACGCUGAGUCUGGAGCAAAAGCCACAGCAAAAUAUGCGUUUGUAAUAUAUAUUUACUCAAGGCUGUCAAUUACAUAUAAACAUGAUCGUUAUAUACACGCAAGCAUCAGCUAGGAAUUUAUAUUUAAAUCUAUCGACAAUUGCUACAAAUUUAUAUAUUAUUUUUUUUUU